UGCAACCAGGGUGUAGUCGACUACGUGCCGGCCACGAGUGUCUCCACUCUGGACCCCAUGGCAACCAGCAUGAGCGGCCUCCUGCCAGGCCUCAUGUCCAUGGCACCAUGCGUGGGGAUGCGAACUCGCGACCUGUCCGGUCCACUGCCAAGCAUGGCUUCUGCACAGCCAAUGGGGUGCCUCAGUGGCGCCGACGGGAGUUUGCCUGCUCAAGCUCCUAGAAAAGAAGAAACUCAGAAGAGCAAAUCGUCCGAAAAAUCAUCGUCUUCGGACGCCGACAAAACAGUGAAAAAGAAAAAGACAAGGACGACGUUCACGGCCUUCCAGCUGGAUGAACUGGAGAGGGCCUUCCAGCGCGCGCCCUACCCGGACGUCUUUGCCAGGGAAGACUUGGCUCUCAGGCUCAAUCUCAGCGAGUCCAGAGUACAGGUGUGGUUUCAAAACCGUCGUGCCAAGUGGAGGAAAAGAGAACCACCUCGCAAGACAAAUUUUCUUCAAGCAGCGGCGGCCCAGAGCAUGCAGAAGGGUGGCCACCCGUACGCUACCGCGUCGCCGACGCUUCCUCCGCUCAACGCUCCCAUGGACUCGUGGGGUUUCAGCACGGGAAACCCUUACGACUUCGGCUUCCAGACGUCCUCGCCUCUGCAGCAUUCGCCCGGGCAGGCUUCGGGCUCGAGUUACGGAGGCGUCACUUACUCGACAGCGGGGCCCGGUUCGAUGGGUGGCAUGGCGGCGAACCCGAGCUCGUUCUACAGCACCAUGCUGCCACCGACGCAAGACCAGCUUCUGCCGCCGCUUCCGCCGCCCGUCAGCUCGGCGUCUGCCGGCAUCGGGCAGCGACCCUGCGGAGCGCCUUCGCCCGACGGUCACCAGAAGUGCUCGUCGCCCAUGCCUUACGCCUGUUCCGCGAGCCCCGACAACAUCAAGAAGCAGGGUGGCAACGGUGGCGGCAACGGUGGCCUGAUGGGCACCAACGGGCUGCUGGACUCCGCCGAACUGCACCAGAUGAGCGCCAUGCCGCAUCUCAUGAUGAAAGGCAAGGACAACUCGCUGUCGCCGCUGCCACCGCUAGACUUCUUCACUUAACAAGCAAGACGAGAAACCGGUGGUUGUCCAGAGAGUCUCGAGACGUCGGUGGCCCGUGGCAGCGCGCUCCAGCGACCUGCUGCGGGAAUAGAAACUCUUUGACGCUUUGCAGCAAGCUGUGACGGCGCCUAGCGCAGCCGGCGCCGUUGACCAAUUUCCACAUGACUGUACUCCUACGGUUUCACGGCUUUGUGACGGAAGUGGGGGCGCGAUUUUGGACCUUUCGAAGUGCCUAAACGCUCUUCCAAACAGGGUGCGCUGUAAGAGAGGGAAAUGUAUGGGCCAACUUCAGUAAACGAAAACGAGAAAAGGGCUGGAGAUCGUGCAUGUGAUGGAGUCCGUUGGCUUUCCCUCGGCCGAUAAAACUGAAGUUUGUGUGGGUGUGGCUGUUAUGAAACUCUGAAAUUGAUUCUUUUAAUAAGCCUGCUGUUUGAAGUGCAUUUUGUCUCUUUGUAUUUGCCAGCCUGCUUCCUCUCGUAUUUCCCUAUCUGUCUAUUGUAUGUAUAUACCUAUAUGUUUUCAUACUUAAUAAUAAUAAUAGUAUUUGGCUUAUUUGCUUCUGUGUGUAUUAUACGAGCGACAGGGGACCUAGAGCACAUUCUUGCAUUUGUUUUUCCAGCGAGUGAGACUAGUGGCUGACUUGGAAGCAGUCAUAAAAGGUUCUGCGCAGGUAGGAGUCGCUCCACAAUGACAUAUUUUAAACGACGGAUACUUAUCGACUGCAUCCUAUGUGCGAAAGAAAGGCGCUUCAGAUUUAAACGAGCUGGAGUAAAGCUUUAGAGCUGACUCACCUAGUUGCCUCUGUUCAUUAUACUGUGUAUGAUCGCGGUGGCUGCUUUUAUAUACACGCAAAGCGGCUGAUGUGCUUGCAGUUUGCCUUCUCUGUAAAUAAGGCCGAUGUACUCCGAAAAAAAAAAGGAUUAACUCGUCGUACAAGUUUGCUAGCCUGUUUUUAGAAAUGAGAACGCGUGGUUGGCGCAAAGUAAACUAUAUGUCGAGCUUAUAGUAACGUUGAAGGUAAUGUUUCAACAUGCCCAAACGAUAGAAGUUGCUUGUAUUGGAAACUUAACUCCAAAGAACCUUGCAAACACCUAGAAGAGUGAUGCAACUGAGUCUUUUGCUACAUGUAUGGAAAGUUAACAAUAAAUAUACCACGUUAUCCCCGCCUUACGAAUACAUUCCUCUAUAUCAGAUGUCCCCGCUAACCACAACGCAUGCGCGUUCAUUAUGUGCUUGUAUAUAUGCUACAGUGGGGAAAAAAUUACGUUUGCAAAUUUACAACAUUACCUUUUGCACAUGUAACCUCAGUGUUUUUAUUGCACCUGAGUGUACUUCCAGCAGACUUGUACAGUUCUGAAUUGUGCUGUGGGAUGUGUGGUUCAACAUAAAUUGAACAAUAAGGCGGGCCCACGUGCAGUUUCUGGUCAAUCCAUGUAUGUGUCGUUCGUGUUGUUUUGCAAGGCCAUUGUACCGAAGGCCGACGUGGAGAUUAUGAGUGGCAUUGCGACUGUAGCGCGACAUUCCUCAUGGCCCUCCAAGCAUGCCGCGUUCAAAGUUACUAAAUAGACUACGUUAGCCUUUCUAUAUAUAGAAGGUCUCCUGGUAUAAUGUUUGAGGCUAACAUCGUAGUAGGCUCAUUACGUCCCAUGGGCGCGUUAAGUUGAGCGCGCUGAUUGCAUCGAGAAUCACGUAAACCAAACAGCACUACUCAAUUCAAACAUGCCAGAAACUGAUGUGCUUAUGUUUCCCCUUUCUCAGAAGCCUCGCUUCACAAGCCGGAAGGUAUUAUGUAACGUGCUUGUGCCCAUGCGCCCAAACAAUUCGUUCUUUUCUAUUGGACUAAGAGUGGGUCUUCGUGAUAAUCUCAUUAUUGCUUAAGUGAAGUUUCUCCAGCUCAUUUACUGGACAAAAAAAUAUCUAAAAACAUGGAUCUCAGCAUUUGUUGAAAAAAAAAAUUCCAGCGUUCAAACAACUACUGAUCCGUUGAAAAAGUGUGCGUUGACCGCUUAAAUACGGUUGUAAAUUAUGAACAUGGUCGCAAGUGACUACAGUCAUGACUUUGUGUGAAUAACCAACUCGUCGUUCUUGUAUGACAUGUAGCGAGUGUGAUAAGUGUAGUACAUUGUUGACAGGACAAGUCAGUAUCUCUUUUCUUGUUUUUUUCCCCCUAAUUCUGAAUUCUUUCUACUUUCUCUGAUGGAAGUAGCGAAGUCCGUGACAGUGCCAAAACGUGCCUUCCUCCUGUUGUCUAGCGUUAGCGAAAAGUUCGUGCGCUUACGAUGGCAGAUGAAGAAACACUUGUAAAUAUUUUCGUGUCACCUGUUUAUGUAAUUGUGUUGUUUGAGUGUACGGUCUGCAGUCACAGAAAACACCAUUGCUCAAUAAGAGACACAUCAACGUCGCAGUAACAUUUCAUAUGUGCGGCAGGCCUUUCAUGCUAACUAUCGCAGACACAUGAAAUCCGAACGGGAUAGUUCGAACCAAGAACAGCAAAAGUGAAUAAUUUGGCCCCUAUCAGUAUGGUUGAAUUGAACUUCGUCGUUUAAUACAGCAGUCUUCAUAGUCGAAGACGACUUACACGAUUAUGCGAGAUCCAUCAAAGAAACUUUAACAUUCUUUGUGUUUGAAUGAUCCUGUUCGCAUUUUAUUUGCCCACGAUUGUGCCUUUCCGAGAUGUAUGCAGUAUUUUUGUAAUGUCUAGUCGUCAUCGUCCUUCUGUCCGACUGUCGCGUAUCAUUGUAUUGCUUCAAUUUUUUUACCUACUUAUAUUCGCAUAUGUCAUGUAAGCCCAUCGAGCAAAUCAUUUGUGUUUGCCUUUGGCGCUAGAGCAACACCGACGUGCCUUAAUUUUGUAUAAAACAUUGAACUCCGAAAUAAACAUGUGUGUUUCUUGC